CGUUUUCUUUAUUUUUAUUAUUCUGCGUCUCUAGUUCUCCAUUCAGCGAGAUCCCGGAUCCGUGAACUUCACAAUUUCCAUACUAUAUUAAUAUAUUAUUAUCGAAGCGAUUCGUUUUCGCCGUUUUCAAUAGGCAAUUCUUAUUGUUCGUCCUCGUAUCCUGCUUGCUGCUCUCUCAGAAUCCCGAUGGUGGUCCCAUUCGCGACAAUACAUUGACGAUUGCCGCUCCGACCGAACGCAAAAACAGACGAUAGAGUCACGACGACAAUAAUUACAAUAAAUUAUUAUUAUCGUCGAUAUUGUUAAUAUGGUCCCGCAUCCGAUAUUCGUCAUGAAUGCUGAGACGUCUCGUUACUACAUCGACAACCUGUACACACAAGACAACGAGAAAUGCUAUCAGGCGCUCAACUUUGUCAAGAACUCUAUUAUGGGCAGCAACAGGCAGAAGGGUAUGGUCAUCGCCAACGGCAUACUGCCCAGACUUUUGCAGGUGUUACCUGACCAAACCAAAACACCAGAUAUCCGUCUGGAAACUGUAGUGAUACUUGGCUCAUUAGCCAAAGGAUCUGAAGACCAAGUUAAGUCACUGGUGGAUGCCAAUGUUGUGACGUAUAUAUUUAAUGCUUUCCUUAUGGAUGAUGAACCAAAAUUUACAGAAGCAUGUCUUCGUUGCAUAUGCACCAUUCUACAAUUUCCAUUUUCUGAUUAUUCUGUAGUAUUUAGUGAUGCCGCAAUUAUAAGAAAGCUGAUUAAAACUAUUGAAGAUUCUAUUAGCAAUAGUAUUUGUGCCAUGUCAAUCUUAUCUUAUUCUUGUCGUACAACAGCUCAUCAAAAUACACUAUGGGAGGAAGGAAUUGGCUUUAUUUUGGCAAAUCUAUUAAACACUGAACUGGACGAUUUGUCCAUUGCCACGUUGAAAUGUUUUGCUCGUGUUUGCCAAGAUAACCCAAUGAUUUCUGCAGCUCUAGAAGAGACUGAGUAUAAUGGCAAGACAAUGCCAGAAAUGUUGGAUUCGAUGCGAGGUGGUGACAGACCAACUAGCAUGCGUUUAGCCGCAUCAAAAUGCAUUACAUGCCUUUAUCGAGCUGGGGCAUUAGAAGUAAAUGAUUCUAAAGUAAUGUUUGGAGCAUUGCCAACUCUUGUGCGUUUAUGUCAGAACGACCAAAAAUGGGAACAUCGCGUAGAAGCAGCUGAAAUUUUAGCUGUACUCAUUGAGGAUGAUGCUGAACUCCAAUCAUUAGCUAGUAUAUCAAAUCACCUGUUACAAACACUAGCAGAGUUUGUGAAUUAUCCAGCACAUCCCUUGGGGGAAUAUGGUGGUACUUAUGGAGAACAUAGGUCCAAAGAAAUGAAACAAGCUGCUUUCAAAGUAUUUGCAUCUCUCGGGGCAAAUGAUGAAGAAAUUCGUAAGCGAAUUAUUGAAACUGACAAUUUAAUUGAUCAUAUUGUUUUAGGAUUGAAAGAUCCUAGCCCUAAAGUGCAAUUGGCUGCUGUUCGAUGUUUACAUUCUUUGUCACGUUCUGUCCAGCAACUACGUACAACUUUUCAAGAUCAUUCUGUUUGGAAACCUUUAAUGACAUUAUUAGAAGGGGCUUCGGAUGAAAUACUGAGUGUCACCUCAUCUACGCUGUGUAAUCUUUUAUUAGAAUUUUCACCAUCUAAAGAACCCAUUUUAGAGUCUGGAGCUAUAGAAUUAUUUUGCAGUUUAACCAAACGAGAUGAUCAUUCGUUGAGACUAAAUGGGAUAUGGGCUUUAAUGAAUAUGGCUUUCCAAGCAGAGCAAAAAAUUAAAUCACAAAUCCUAAGUACUUUGGGAACUGACCAAAUAUUUAAUUUGUUGUCUGAUUCUCAUAUCAAUAUUCUAAUGAAAACAUUAGGGCUAUUAAGAAAUUUGCUUUCGACAAAACCACAUAUUGAUUAUAUAAUGAACCUCUGUGGUGGUGAUAUAAUACAGGCUGUGAUGAUGAUUCUGGAAGGUGAUAAUUUGCCCGAGGUAAAAGAACAAGCAUUGUGUAUUUUAGCCAACAUUGCUGAUGGUGACAUUGCCAAAGAUUAUAUAAUGAGAAAUAACGAGAUCCUGAAAAAAAUUCAAGAAUACAUGACAAAUUGUAACGCAAAAUUACAAGCUGCAGCAAUAUUUUGCGUCUCAAAUCUUGUGUGGAAAGAAGAUAGUGGUGCAGCUGACAGACAAGCCAAGUUAAAGGAAAUGGGUAUUUUUAAACUCUUGCAGCAAUUGAUAACAACAUCGGAUUCACUGUUAUUUGACAAAGUAAAAACUGCAUUGACCCAGUUUUCAGACUCUUGACAAAUCAGCUGUUACAAUUUACCGCCUUCUGUUGGCGUGUAAGUAAAAUGUUAAUUUAUGCAUCCUUUUAUUUAAAACAAAUCCCAUAACAACAAUUUAUUGUCAUCUUGUUUUGUUUGAUAUAAAUUAUAAAUUAUGAAAGGCUAUGUUAUUAUACACAUGUUACGUAAACAUUUUCUUUCGAUUCUUAUAAAUCUAUUGUAUAAU